AUGCCAUUAAAUUGGCAACGAAAAAAUUGGUCGGAAGGUUAUGUAUAUGGGCAACAAAUGCCCUUACAACCACCACCAUUUUAUUGUCCAAUGGAUAAUUUGACAAUGAAUAAAAGUUCAUCUAUUUAUAAUAGAAAGAACCAAGUUCAAAGUCAUUCAGUAACUUCUUACACACCACGACGUGGAAUUCUGAAACAAACAGAAAAAUGGAGAACACCAAUGACACGUCGAUUGGUUCAUUUCAUGCCAGAACGUUGGCAAGGACAAGAACCAGUAGCUAAUAAUAUGACUUCACAUGAAUAUCGUGGUAUGUCAGUAAUGACACCCAUUCCUGUGAAUAAGAAAAGUCAUAAUAGCAAUGUAGGUUCAGGACCAAAACGUUCACUUAUAAAGAAAACACCUGAAAAAGCUCAUCUUGACACACUUCGUAGAAGAGCACGGCGUCAAAAACAACGAGCAGCUUUACUUGAAAAAAGUACUGAAUUAAGGUGUUUAAAAGAUAAUAAUCGGUUUAGUCUUCUAUCUGAAAUAGAUGAUGACAACAAUGAUGAUUAUACAACCGAUAAUUCAGAGGCUGAUAAUCAAAUUGAAGCCAUAAAAGACAGUAAAAAGAUUAAACAGAAAAACCUGUCUAAAAAACAAAAACGACAAGCUAGAACAACAACAGAAGUUCCAAUAGUUAAUGAACAUGUUGUUGUUAAUAAUAAUAGAAAGAUGCGAAGAAAUAACCAGCGUCAAAUAAAUUUUUCUGAUUCUGAAAAAGAAGAAGAAGAAGAAAAUGAUAAUGAAAAAUCACCUUCUUUAAAUAAAGAAAAACGAAAAUGUAAAAGUUAUUUACAAACUUUUAAAAUUCUCGCUUAUCUAAAAGAUCGUGUGAAUAAAGAUAAUAAAAUAAAACUCGACUUUAAAGAUGUUUUCAAUGAAGUAUGUGAAUAUGCAAAAAAUACCAUUGAAACAUAUGAUAGUUGGGUACAUAAUCAUUAUGAAGCCCAAGUCUGGCAACAUAUCUAUGAUUUAGGUA